AUGAAUAUAGAUAGAUUAUUUAAAUCAGCGGUUAUUGGUAAUUCAUACACUCGUAGUGUGAUCAUCAAAAAUGUAAAACAAAUCAAUCGAUUAUUAUCAUCAUAUGAUCAUCAAAGACAUCGUCAAAGCGGAUACUACAACUGGGAUCAAUUAAGCAACGAUGCUAUUCAACUUGCAAGAUAUGGAUACUUUGACCAACUACAAUCAACUCUACUACAACAAGAACAAAAGUAUGCAAAGUAUAAAUGGUUCAGUUUUGAUGAUCAUAACAACAAUGGUGAUCAAAAACAACGACAACAAGUAGACAAAGAGAAACUACGACGUAGAUGGAUACCAAAUUUAAAAGAUAUUAUUGAAUCUAUAUUAAAUAAUCAUAGUUAUGAAUUGAACAACCAGUAUCAAGGUGUCGAUACUAUGAUAUGCAACAAGAGAAAUCAAUUCAUUCAAGAUUUUAUGUACAAUAGAUAUGGAGUGGGCAAUUUGGAAGAGUUUAUAAAGAUUGUAACUAAUUCAUCUUUUAUAGUUGGUGAUUUUAAUCUAAUCAAAUGGAUUGAAUCAAUUCACAAUGACAAUAUACUCAAUGUGAUGCUAAAAUACAAGAUGGAUGUAUUAAAAGUAUAUCAAACUAAAAAUCAAGAUCUAUUGUAUUAUUGUUUCAACCUAUUUCAAUCUUCAAAACAAUCUAUAUCUAAUUUAACAGUUAGAGACUCUUUCAAUGUUAGAUUAAUCAAUUACAUCAAAGAUAAAGAAAGUACAACACUCAUCAAUAACCUCUUUGACAAUGAUAGAAAGGUUCAUUUUCUAACAGAAUCUAUGAAGAUAGCAAUUGUCAAGAAAUGUAUUAAAACCAAUCAUCCUCGAGUGAUAGAGAUCAUCGAGUACUGUCAAUCUCUUCAUUUCAUCCUUCUCCAAAAGGAACGAUUGAUGGAUGAUGUGUGUUUGUCACCUGGUGCACUACCAAUCAUUCAUCACAUGGUCAAUCAUUUCCCAAACUCUAUAUAUCAUUUUACUACAUUUUCAAUGCAAAAUGCUAUAUCAAGAGGUGAUUCAAAACUUGUCAGAUAUCUAUUGGAUAAUACAUCAUUCACAAUCGAUAUGGAUUUGGCAGCAAAGUCAGGUAGCAUUGAAAUCCUAGAAAUGGGUCAACAUCUUGGUAAGAAAUGUACAAAUAUGUCAUUGCAUUGUAUUAUGUCUGGACAAUUGGAAACAUUUAAAUGGGUGAUUGAAAGAUACCCAUUAUUAUUACAAGAGACGAUUAAUAUUGGCAAGAACAACAUUGAUUGGUUUAUAUCAAACAGAAAGUGUACUCCAGAGAUGCUUGCAUUUUUUGUGUCAGCUUGCAAAAACAAUACUGAUCCUAGUUUGAAGGAAAAUACCAACUUUGAUCUUGCAAUGGAAACAGCAAUUGAAGUAGAACGGUUGGAUAUGGUUGUAAUGAUAGAUAGAUUAGCCAAUCAAUAUGGAUACACUUUUAAACCAACCUUUUUAAAAUACAUUAUCAGACCACAACAAGAACCAACACCUUUUAAAUCAGAUAUAGUCAUGUAUCUCUAUCAUCACGGAGGACACACUAAAUAUUUUGGUGAUAAUAUUGAAGUGUAUACAGAUGCAUUUAGAUAUUUCUUGUUUAAUGGGUACUUUGAACCUGCUCAAAUGGUAUACAGUAUCUUACAGGGAAUGAUUGGAGGUAGUAGUGAUCCCAACAAGGUUAGAGAUAUGUUAUUUCAACAUAUAAAUAUAGAUUCUGCCAUGUUACACAUUUCAACAUGUAAAUUCCUUCUCCAACACUAUUCAAUCAAAGAGUUGGUGGCAUUGGAUUAUAAAAGAAUUGGAUCCCAAUUGAACAAAGUUAUCGAUGAAUAUGAUGAUCUGGAAUUAGUUCAAUUCCUCCAUGACACAUUCAAAGAUCACUAUGAGUUCAAGUUGGUUGUCAACGCUGAAAAUGAUGUGCUAUUCAGUAUUUGCAGCCCAAGAGUAUUCAAAUAUUUGGUUGAAAAGCAAUUAAUCAACGCUGACACUUUUAGAGGGCACCCCAGUGAUGCAUAUAUCUCACUUUAUAAUGCAGGUAUAGAGGCUAUUGUAUGGUUACACGAGAAUGGUAUAGUUGAUUGUGAUCGUCAAUCAUAUCUAUCAAUAUUCAGACAAAAAAAAUUAAACAAAGAUAUCAUAAAAUUCAUUCAACUUAAUUUAUUUAUUAUUAAUUUAUAUACUCGUCAUUUAAUCAUUAAACAAGUGAAACUAAUCAAUCGAUUACUAUCGGCACCUUAUGAUCGCCAAAUAUAUGAUCAAGAACCAAUAGGAUACUUCAACUGGUAUCAAUUGAUUGAAGAUCCUAUUCAACUUGCAAGAUAUGGAUACUUUAAUCGACUACAAUCAACAAUAAUAGGAUUGGAAAAAAAGAUUUCAAAGUAUAAAUGGUUUUCAUGGGGUCAAAAGUGGAUGGAUAAUCAACUAUUUAAAUCAGUACUUAUUGUUAAUUCAUACACACGUAGUUUGAUUUUCAAACAUGUUAAACAAAUCAAUCGAUUAGUAUCAGCACCUUAUGAUCGUCAAAGCUAUGAUCAAGAACCAAUCGUAUACUACAACUGGUAUCAAUUGAUUGAAGAUCCUAUUCAACUUGCAAGACAUGGAUACUUUGAUCAACUACAAUCAGAACUACUAUCAUUUGAACAAAAGGUUGCAGAGUAUAUGUUGUUUAAUGAUGAUCAUCGACAACUAGCUAAAUGGAUCCCAAGUUUAAAAGAGAUCAUGGAAGCUUUAACAAGAUAUCCUCUGAUUAUAAAGAGUCAUUCUGAUAUCUUGAAUAAACAAGAUGAUCAGAGUAUUACGAUCGAAAAGAGAAACCAAUUCAUUCAAGAUUUCACAUACAAGAUAUAUGGUUUGGAUAACUUGGAAGACUUUACAAAAGAACUAGCAACUUGUUCUCUCAAAGCUGGUGAUUUCGAGUUAAUCAAAUGGAUCGAAUCAAUUCACAAUGACAAUAUACUCGAAGUGAUGGAUAAACAUUCUAUUAGUCAUUAUUAUAUAUUUCAAUGUAAUCAAGAUAUUGUAUAUCAUGGUUUUAAAAUCUUUCAAUCCUCAAACUUUUCUUCAUUAUGUAAUACUAUCGAUGACUAUGAAAAUGGAUUACAACAGUUUUUAAACUCAAAAGAAUGUACAACAUUGAUCACCAACUUUUUUGACAAUCAUAUGUCUACACUAUCACAAUUCACUCAAGAAAACAUUCUAAGGGCAUCGAUCAAACAUGAUCAUCCUCUAGUCAUGGAAAUCAUUCAAUACUUUGGAGAGAAUGAAUCGCUUCAAGACAUCCUCACUUCAAUUGAAACAUUGAAUUCUGUUUGUUUAUCACCUGGUGCAUUCCCAAUCAUUCUUUGUAUUGCAGAGUAUUUUCCAAAUCUUGAAGAUUGGUUCAUCGCUUCAUCAAUGAGAAAUGUUAUCAAAAGAGGUGACACGAAUGCAAAGCUUGUAAAGUACCUAUUAAAACAUACAUCAUUGACUAUUGAUAUGGAUUUGGCAGCAAAGGCAGGAAGCAUUGAAAUACUUAAAAUGGGUCAUAGUGAUGAAUUAACAGUCACUGCUUUGGAAUGUAUAUUUUCUGGACACUUGGAGACAUUUAAAUGGGUUAUUUCAAAACACCCAUCACUAUUAAAAGAGGUAGAGAUUGACUUGUUUCUACUUAAAGCAGUUACAAUCACUCCACCAUGUCCAUCAGAGAUGUUUGAAUUCAUAGUGUCAAGUUAUAUAGGUGCACACCCAUCAUCUGAAACAAGUAAUAUUCUAUCAGAAUACAACAUUUACUUGUUUAUGAUGAUGAAACUUGCUAUUAAACAAGAUAGAUUGGAUCUUGUUAAAACCAUCGAUCAAAUGGCCGAUCGAUAUGGUGAGACUUUUGUACCAAACUUUUUAACUAUUUUCCAGGAGAAAAGGUCAUUACUCAUACUCGACCCCGGCAUCGAAAUAUUCAAGUAUCUUCAUCACCAAGGACACACCAAAUAUUUUGGUGAUAGUAUUCCAGAGCAUACCAAGACACUUGGUAACUUUUUAUCAAUGGGUUGGCAUGAACCUGCUCAAAUACUAUUUGGAGUGUUACAGAAAUUGGGUGGCAAUAGUACUAAAAUAGACAGAGACUUGUAUCUCCACAAGAAUGUUUUAUCUAUUGCAAUUCAAAAUGGUAGUAUCCCAACCAUCAAGUUUGUCCUAUCCCAAUAUUCAAUCGAUGAACUUCCAUCCCUUAUAGUGGAUAAUCAUCUUAUCCUAAAUCAAGGAAGCGAUUUAGAGUUGUUACAAUUCCUCUAUGACACUUUCAAAGAUCACUGUAAAAUAUCAUUCAACACUCAAACAGUCCCUAUACGCAGUCCAAGAGUAUUCAAAUAUUUGGUUGAAAAGAAUUUAAUCAGCGCCGACAUGUACAAAGACAACCCCAAAGCUCAUCAACUAUUACAGGAGCUAACAAUAUCAAAGCUAUUUCCAAACUUUGUGAAAAACAUAAUACAAACAAAGAGAAUGGAUAAUCAGUUAUUUCAAUCAGUGUUUAUUGCAAACAAAUAUGUGCGUCAAUCGAUCAUCAAACAUGUAAAACAAAUCAAUCGAUUGGUAUCAUUACCUUAUGAUCGUCAAAGCUAUGAUCAAGAAUCAAUAGAAUACUACAAUUGGAAUCAACUAUCAGAGAAUACUAUUCAACUUGCAAGAUAUGGAUACUUUGAUCAACUACAAUCAACUAUACUCAAACAAGAACAAAAGUUUGCAAAGUAUAAAUGGUUUGAUGACAAUGAAGAUGAAGAUGAUGGUGAUGAUCAAAAACAAGAGAAACAACAACAACAACAACAACAACGUAAAUGGAUACCAAAUUUAAAAGAGAUUAUUGAAGCAGCAAUUAGAUAUCCUAUCAAUGUAGAGAAAUUUAUUGAUGUCUUUAACAAACAACAACAAAAUCAACAAGACAUUAUCAAUCAGAGAAAUCAAUUCAUUCAAGAGUUUAUUUAUAAGAGAUAUAGUUUGGAUAAUGAUUUGGAAGAGUUUAUAAAGUCUUUGAUUCAAUACUCUAUAGAUGCUGGUGAUUUAGAGAUGAUCAAAUGGAUAGAAUCAAUUCACAAUGACAAUUGUGAUAAUAUCCUUUUUGUAUUUGACAAGUACAAUAUCAAUCAUCGUAUCAUCUUUCAGUAUGGCAAUCAAGAUAUGGUGUAUAAUUACUUUAAAUUAUUUAAAUCACCAAACUACUCUUUAAUCUGUAAAUCAAAGCAUUCAUUUGACAAAGGAUUAGUUUGGUAUUUAAAAUCAUCUGGUGCUGAAUACACAGAAUUAAUCAGCAAUCUUUUUGAUAAUGGUCAUAUGUCUGAUCUAUUACCAGACACUCAAUACGCCAUUUUAAAGAAAUCAGUCAAGAAAAGUCAUCCUCGUGUUAUGGAGAUGAUCGAUUACUUUGGUAGGAAUGAAGAAGAAUCACUUAGACAAAUGUUAAUCGGUGAUCAAUUAAUGAAUGAUUUGUGUUGGUCUAGUCUUGCAUUACCUAUCAUUCUUAAAAUCACCGAAUAUAUUCCAGACGUGAAAAAGAGUUUAUAUUAUGAUCUAAUGAAUCGAUCUACACUAAGAGGUGAUGCAAAAUUGGUUAGGUAUUUAUUGGAUAAUAAAGCAUCACCAUUUCAAAUCAAUAUGGAUUUGGCAGCCAAUGCAGGUAGCAUUGAAAUAUUGGAAAUGGGUCUAGAAACUGGUCGUACAUGUACAGAGGAUGCAUUACAAUGUGUAUUUCAUGGACAGUUGGAAGCAUACAAAUGGCUGGUUGCAAAAUUCCCAUUAUUAUUAAAAGAUAUAAACAUUUCAUCGUUUAUAUCCAAAGCUAUUAUUAUUGGGUAUCUGCCAAAUUGUACUCUUGAAUCAUUAAGAUUCAUCUUGUCAAGUUAUUUGGAAGUCAAUUCAGACUCUCAAGUCACACGAUUCACUUGGACUGCGACCAUCAACUUUAACAAUAUAUUGGAACAAGCAAUCAAACAAGAUAGAUUAGAACAUGUUAAAAUGAUCAAAGAACUGGCUGAUGAAUAUGACUAUACUUUUAAACCAACCUUUUUACAAUAUUUCAAGAAUUUAGUUACACCUACAAUUAUACUCGAUCCAAAAAUAGAAAUAUUCAAGUAUCUACACAAUCAAGGUCACUCUAAAUAUUUUGGUCAAGAUCUAAUAGAGCAUAAUGAAUUAUUAGAUAAAUUCAUAAAGUAUGGAUGGCUUGAACCUACUAAACUUUUGAUCAGUGUAUUAAAAGAAUUAGGUGGAUGUGCAAGUGAUACAAUAGCAACAGGAUCAUACCUACCAAAAGAUUCUCUAUCUUUGGCUAUUAAAAGUCACAAUAUUGAAACUAUCAAAUAUGUUUUAGAACAUGGUCACUUACAACUCAACGAACAUCAAAAAAGAGAAAACUAUGUUCUUGAUUAUUCAUUCAUCAAUGAUUCAGAACUACUAGAAUUCUUUUAUGAAACAUUCAAAGAUCACUAUCACAUUACAGUUUGCAACAGUACAAAGAUCUUCAGUCCAAGAGUAUUCAAAUAUUUGGUUGAAAAGAAUUUAAUCAACGGUGAUACUUAUAGAGGAAGUAUCGAUGCUUGUGACCUACUCAUGCAUGCCGGCUAUGAUGCUAUUGCUUGGUUACACGAUCACGGUAAUGUCACUGGUUAUGACACAGAAUUUGAACACCAUGGAAUUGGUAGAUUCAUUAAUCUCAAUUUUAAAUACUUAACAAAUUAA